AUGAAGAACGUUAAACAAAAUAUUUCAAAUUUUAGAGAAUUAGCAAAACAGUUGGAGGCAUGUAUUCAUUUCGAUUCAACUGAUAUCGAGGUUAUGAGAGAUAUUUAUUUAAAAUGUAAAAAAGAUUUAAUUUCACUAGAAAAAAUAACCUUGGAAGCACUAGAAAAGGGGAAAGCAAAUUUAUUCGAGGAACUAGUACAGGUUUCUACCGAAGUAAAUAGAUCAAUAAAACUUUUUGAAAAAUUUGAGAGAGAACACAAAAAAGAUGGUACCGUAAGAAUUUCUGAGGGUACUAAUCAAACGACUUUUAGUUAUGAUAUGAAGGAACAAAACAAGAAAAAGAAAAAACAUAAUGAUAGAAAACAUGAAAAAAGAAAUAAUAGAGAAAGUAUUAGAAAACAUAAAAGUGAACAUUAUGAAGAUGAAGAUGAGUAUUAUGUUGAUGAUGACGAUGAUGAUGAAGAAGAAAAUGAUAAAAGAAGAGAAAAACGAAGCAAAAGAAAAGAUUCUGAGAAAAACAAAGAGAGAAAGAAAGAAAAAAAGAAAUCACAUAUAAAUGAAGAAAAAUAUAAAGAUAGAAAUAUGAAUAGACGUGACACUUUUAUGUAUAAAAGUGACUCCAAAUUUUCAUAUAAUAAAGAUUUCGAUAAUAAUAUACAAGAUACUAAUCUUUUUAGUAGUGAAUUUGAUGAAGAAUUAAAUGAAUACCGUCAUGAAAAGUUUAAUAAACAUACGAAUAUGAAAGAAAAAAGAAAAAGUAAAAAAGAUAAUAAAAGUAAUUCAAGAAAAGGUAAUAAAACGAAAGGUCAUGAACAUUUAAGUAAUAUGAAUGAAGAAGAUGAAAUAGAAAAUGAGAUUAAAGAUGAUAAUUUUGAAUUAAGUGAUGAAAAUUAUAAUGAUAAUAAAAAAAAAAUUUAUUUUAAUGAAAAUAAAUUAUAUAAUUUAGAUGAUAGCUCUUCAAAUGAUAUUAUGAAUUCAAUGAAUAAAAGAAAUAGUUUAGAAAAAGAAUUCUUAUCAAGUAAUAAAUCUCUUAAUUUAUUAGUACAUAUAUCAGAAAUUAUUAAUGUUUCAUUUAAUUUAAAGAAUAAUGUAAAUAUAUUUAUUACGAUAAAAUCUAUUGAUAAUAAAAUAUAUUUAAAAAAAAAAACAAAAAAUAAAAGUAUACAAAACUGUUCUAUAAAUAUUUCAGAAUUGUUUGAUUUUUCUUUUAACUAUAAUAAAAAAUUGUAUUUAAUAAUCGAUAUUAUUGAUAGUAUUGAUGGUACUUAUUAUUAUAAUUCUAUAAUAAAUUUAAAUAAAAUCCUUUUGAGAAAAAAUAAAUAUUUCCUACCAACUAUAUUUACCUUGACACCAAAAAAUGAAAAAGCAAAAUUAGAACAAGGAUUAUUAUAUAAUGAAAAUAGUACAAAUGCAAAUCGUUAUCAACAGGUACCAAGUAAUUAUAUAAUUCUUCCAUCAAACGGAUUUACAAAUAUGAAAAAUAUGAAUGAAGUUUCAAAUGAACAAGUAAAAAAUGGCGUAUAUAAUAAUAAACAAAUUUUAACACCUAAUCCAUUUUUUGGAUUCAAAAAAAAUUAUAACAAUCCAAAUUUAAAUAAUCAAAAUAUGAAUAAUUUUAAUUUUAGCAGUCGAAAUGUUAAUUCUUAUCCUAAUCUUAAUAAUUUUAAUUUUACAAGUAGAAAUAUGAACAAUCAUAAUUUGAAUAAUUUUAAAAAUGGAUAUCUCUCACCUAAUUUGAAUAAUAUUAAUUAUGGAACUAGAAAUAUGAGAGUUACCCCUUUUAAUUCUCCCGGUCUUAAUAUGGGACGACCCUACAUGUUCACUCCCCGUCAGUAUCCCCAAAUGAAUAAUGUGAACAUGAAUGUUAAUGGUAUGGGUUAUAUGAACAACGUGAAUAGUAUGAACAAUGUGAAUAGUAUGAACAAUGUGAAUAGUAUGAACAAUGUGAAUAGUAUGAACAAUGUGAACAAUAUGAAUAAUAGGAACAAUAAUCAAUUUAGCAAUUAUUUUAAUAAUAUGCCUACCGUUGGAAAUAUAAACAAAGGUAACAUAGAAAGUAACUGUUUUAAUAAUACCAAUGUGAAUAAUGCUUUGUUACAAAAUACUAAUUUCAAUAAUAAUAGUAAUAAUUCAGGUGCAUUUUUUUUUGAUAAAAAUGGAUAUUUAAAUAACUCCAAAGGGAUGUCAUACAAAAGAGAAGAAGAAAAAGUCCCAAGUAACUAUACAUAUAUUAUCAUGAAUGUGUUUUUAAAAAAUAAAGAAUUUGAUCAUAUUACUGAAUUGAAAAAACAGAAUAAAUUAAAUGUUUUCAAAGAAUUGUAUAAUGGAUGUAACAGAGAGAAGAUUUAUUAUUUGAAUAAGAAUAAAGAAAAUGAAAAGAAAAUAGAAGAAUUAGAUAAAAUGGUUAUGCUUUUAGAAUUAGAUAAUGAAUCCUAUUUAGAUGCUAAUAAAAAAUUGAAAGAAAUAAUUGAAGGCAAUAAAGAAAUUAUCAAAAGUAUAGAAAAGGUUUUAACUAAACAAAAUAAUAAAAUAGAAAAAUUAGAAAAAGAAAAUCAAAAAGUUAUAGAAACAGAAAAAGAAUUGGAAGGUAAUAAAAAAGAAAAUAAUGUUUUAUCAGAAAAAAUAACCAAAUUGAAUUCAAUAUAUAAUGAAAAUAUAAUAAAAUUAAAAGAUUCAAGUCAAAUUAAUAAUAAUUUAAAUAGUAAAGUUAAUAAUUUAAUAUUUCAAUUACAAAAUUCACAAUGUAAAAAUGAAAAAUUAAUGUUAUAUUUAUCAUUCUUAUUAAAACAUAUACAUAAAUUAAAUUGUGAACAAAAUAAUAUGUUAACUUUUCAAAAAUUCCAACAAAAAAAUUCACAAAUUGCUAAUUCAUUAUUAGACAAAGAAAGUUUAUAUCAUUUAAAUAAUUAUACAAAUACAUAUAUGUUAAAUAAAAAAAAAGAAAAUGAAAAAAAAUUUAUAUAUACCAAAGAAAAUAAUAGUAAUAAAUAUAUUAAGGAAAUUUUAAAGUUUGUAAAGAAAGAAAAAAAUAAUGAAAAUUAUAAAGAUUCAAAAGUAUUACAAGAUAUAUUGAAUAUAUGUGACGAUGAUCAUCUUGAUGAUCAUAAUAAUAAUGAUAGAAAUAAUGUUAGCAAUAAUAAUAAUGAAGAUGACGAUGAAGAUGAAGAAUUGUUACAUUUCAAAAACGAAAAAAAUCUUCUAACAUACGAAAAUAAUAGUAACCUUAUAGAAGAUUAUAAUGAUAUCCAUGAUAAUAGUAAAACUAAUAUAACUUUAAAAGAUGAAAAUUAUUUAUUAUUACAAGACGAUUCCUAUAUUGAUGAUUUUUUAAUGAAUCAAUAUAAAAAAUAUAUCACUACUUCAACAAAAGAAAAAAGACAAGAUGAUGAUUUGGAGGAACAUAAACAAAAUAAAAAAAAGGGAAAUAUUAAUCAAAAUGAUUAUAUAUAUGAUAAUAAAAAAGAUAUGUACCUUUAUGAUUUAAAUAAAAAAUCUUUUUCAAAUGAAGAAAUAAACACAGAUGAUGAAUAUAAUAAUCAAGAACAACGAAGACUUCGAAAUAUAAAAUAUAAUGAUAAAUCAAAAUAUCAACAUUAUAAUAAUGAUUCAGAUAAUACAUUUGAUUUAAACCAUAUGAAUAAAAAUAAUACAUACGUAGAUCAUGCAAAAAAAAAUAUACCAUUAUACGACCAGCAGAAAAAUAUAAUUAAUUGUUCAAAUAGUACAUUCUCAUUUAAUAUGUUAAAUAAUACAGAACAUGAUCCAAUAAUUAUAUCAUACAAAAAAAUAAAAAAACAUAAAAACAAGGAAAUCAAUGAAUAUGAUAAUAAAAAAAGUGAUAAAAUUUUAAAAAAGAAAAUCAAAGAAAAGAAUGAAAAGAAAACAAAAUCAUCUCUUGCACAAUCGAAUUUUUUCUUAGGUCUAAAACAGGAUGAUGAUGCUCAAAAAAUGUAUGUACAUAAUUAUAAAAAAAAAAAAAAAAAAAAAAAUGGAAUUCUUUCAACAAAUGAACAUUAUACAUUUAGUAAUUGUGAAAUGGAUAGUUAUAAUAAAGACACUGAGGAAACAAGUAAUAUUAUUUUAAGUGAUGGAUAUAUAAAUGAUAAGAAAUGUUUGUUGAAACUAAACAAUGAUAAUAAGACAAAUAAUAAAAAAAAUAAUAAGAAAAAAUAUUCACUUAAUUGGAAUGAUAAAAUUAAUCAAAAGUUUUCUAUAUCCAAAUAUGGUAAAAAAGGUUUGCUACAUGAAGGUAGCUUAAGUCAAGAGGAUCAUACAAAUAAACAACAGCAUAAUGUAAAUAUGAAUAAAACAAAAUUAGGAUUAAAUAAAAUAAAAAAUAUAAAUAAUUUAAGUAAAAAAACAACAAAUGAUUAUUUAAGUGAUUAUAAAAAUUUUGAACAAAAUUUUAAUUAUUUUGUAAGAGCAUCAAAAAAUUUAAAAGGAACUAUAUUAACAAAUAAUGAUGAUAAAUUAAGUUAUGCUAUCAAUAUAAAUGAAAAAAAUUAUUUUACAAACUUGGAAAAAAUAAUUAAUAAGUGUAAUAAAAAAGAACAAAAUAUAUCACAUUUAGAUAAUUAUUUAAAUACACAAAUGGGUUCCAAUUUUAUAACAGACGAGGAAAUUAAUGAACAUAAAAAAUUUAUGCGAAUAUUUUAUACGAAAAAUAAUAAAGGUCUCAUUUUUCAAAAUAACCUUAUGAAAAUUUAUGCCAAAAUUUAUAUGAAUCAUUCAAGUAUGACAAAUAAACAAAAGACAUAUAAAUUAGAUACAUCAAAUGUGACAAAAGAUAUUAGCAGUACAGAUAAUAAUAAUAAUAAUAAUAAUAAUAAUAAUAAUAGUAAUAAUAACAAUAGUAAUAAUAGUAAUAAUAACAAUAGUAAUAAUAACUAUAGUAAUAAUAGUAAUAAUUAUGAUAGUAAUAAGAAGAAUAUGUUGGAAAAUAAUCUAACAAAUGAUAAAAUAUAUAUGAAUAUUUACGUAAAAUCCAUAUUAUAUAAUAUUUUAUAUAUUAAAAGUGAUUUAUCAGAAAAUAAAAUGGAUCAUAUAAAAGUUAUAAAAAGAAAUAUAAAAAAGAAUCAUAACGACGCUAUUGAAGAAAAUGAAUAUAUAAAUUUAAAAAAAAAUGAUAUAUGUUUAUUAUAUACUUUAUGUUUCAAAAAAUCAUAUCUAAAUCAUAUGCUAAUAUUCCUUAAUAUGGAUUGUUUAAUUAAUGAUAAUACAAUAAUUAAAUUCAAGUUAACUUUACCUUUUCCUCAUUUAUUUUUAUGUAAACCAAAUAGUUUAUAUUUAAAUAAUUUUAUUAAAAGUAUAUCAGGAACAACAAAAUAUUAUUGUAAAACAUAUUAUUACAAUUUAGUAAGAUUUCCUACCUUUCAGGAAUUUAUUAAUUCUUUAAAAUUAUAUAAUUCAUUUAAUGUAUUCCAUUUUAAUUCAUUUAAUAUUUUAUAUACGACCUAUCCAACUGAUAACAAAAAUAAAAUACUUCUCAUAAUUGUUUGUGAUUUUAUUAAAACCAAAAAUCAAAAUAAUACCGAUCAAGUGAAAUUACAUUUUAUAUCUUUAUCAAAUACUAUAAUUAGUUUUGCUAUUAAUUUGUUUAAGCAAAUAUUAUAA